AUCCCACCUUCGCCGCCUCUUGUGUCCCUGGACGAUGGUGGGCCGUCUGUGAGCUUGUCCCGGUCUCCACUUCAAAGCCAGCCAGUCUCCCCCCCAAUCGUCCCUCUUCACUCGUCGGCAUGACACGUUGGUCGUCGCCGACCGCGAGGUCGACCUCGCACGUUCUCUCGCGCUUCCUCUCCGUCUUUGUCCUCCUCCUCGUUUUGGCCUCCGCCGUUCUCGCUGCCGACGACACUUCCCUCUUGCCCUCCGCCGCCUCCGAUUCUUUCCCCCAAUGUGGCCUGUCAUGCUCCAACCUGAAGCAGGCCCAGAGCGGCUGUGUCCCUCCGGCCGCCCCGGCAAACGGCCAUGCGACCUACGUCUCGUGCUUCUGCCAGUCCAACCUGCUGUCGAACCUCCACAAUUCCGCCGACGGUACCUGCGACGACUCGUGCUCCAGCGCUUCCGAUCGCUCGUUGCUGCAGAAAUGGUAUAGCAACUACUGUUCCUCCGGAGGGAAAACCACGACCGCCUCGUCGACCAAAACCACUUCGGCCCAGAAGGACUCGGCCACCUCGACGAGCACCGCCAAGGCCAAGGCCCAGAAUGCAGACCCCGCUCCUCCGUCCUGGUGGUCUUCCCAUUACCAGUGGAUCAUCAUGGUAAUCGUGCUCAUCAUCGGUUUUGCCAUCAUCACCGUGCUGGGAGUGUGGCUGAAGCGGCGUCACGAUGCCAAAUAUCCCAGCCUCUAUCAUGCCGCCGGCGCCGGGAGCACCGACAGCGGUCUGCUCUUCAAUCGUGCGCCGAAUGCCACCCCCAGCCCUGCACCCGGCCAGCCAGGCCCCCCUCCGGGCGCCUGGGCUGCAAGUCAGACCCCGGGCCAGGGACCGCCCGCCGGCUAUGUGAACCCGGAUUCGGUCGCUGGCAGUUCUCGCACGGAAGUCGCCGUUCCGCAGAGUCGGCCGAGUCGAACGCCGUCGCGCUUGCGAAAGGCAUCGCAGCCCGCGGAUGAGGGCGAUGUCGAAAUCCGCGAAGUCCCUCGCUGAUAAUGAAACCCCUUUUGACGUUAGAUAAUCUAAUAUUUGCCGCUACUCACUGGUUUCUACUACAACCUUACCUGCUAAUCUUGCAUAUAUCGGGCGUUGCGUGUCUCCGGUUGGCUUUUGAUACGAUCUAUCGCGUACAGCUACUUCUGUUCGAGUCUUGCGCGUGAGGGCUGUGAAUAUCCUUCUUUAUUCUUGGCGCCUUUGCUUCUUGCUUCUAAUCGUGUUGAUUUUAUUGUAUGUUUUCUUUUUUGCCGCGAGAGAAACAACUCCCGGAUGUCGGAGGUGAUUGCU